AUGGCCACGCAGCGGUGGAGCCAUGGUCAGCAGGGCUUGCUGCUGUGGCCUUCUGAGUGGCUGCGCGAAGGAUCCAACCCAACAAUCAACUUCUCUACCCUUUCAGGACGACGGGAGAAGCCGUGUUCCAGGCCCUGGUCUCCGGAGACGGAGAUCAUACACCGGUCGUCCAGGAUAAUGGAAGGCGGGCAUUGGUUCGUGCAUUCCGCGUUCCUUCCCUCGUCGACAUGCCAACAUACCCGGUCCUUUGUUGGUGACGUCGUGAAGAAGAACCUCGAGUAUUGGUCGGCAAGGAAGCUCUCAGCAUCUGCCAAUCUUCUCCAAGGUGCAAUUGUCAUCGGCGAAGCGGCCAUUUCCGUCACAAGCCGGCCAGCUUUCAUGCGAAAGUCGAUGCCAGCCGCUUUGCAGAGAGGCCCGUUAGCAGAUCACAGCCCUCCUCCGAGGCCGUUCAUGGUGAUGCCCUCUCCGCUCACGAAGCAAGGGAAGGAGAACGCGCUGUAA